AUGCUCUGUUCUUGGACGUCCCUCAAGAAGUUGUCCUUUCGUUUUUGGAAUCUCUCUGAUGAUACCAUGGCUAAGAUUCUAUCUGUUUGUCCGAUUCUCGAGAGCUUAACGUUGUAUUUCUGCAAUCAACUCAAUGUUCUUGAUCUCAGCACGUCGCAACAUCUGAGAACAUUAGAAGUAGUCCGAGACACUUGUUUUCCGGGGCCAAUGGAGAUAGUGGCACCACCUAUCCAUUGUCUCAGAUUGAGAACCUCUCGGUUACCAUGUACUUUAGUUGAUGUCUCGUCUUUGACGGAAGCUAAACUGAACAUACUUUUUAAGUCGGUUAGAGAAACCUUGCAGGCUGGUUUUCUUCUUCAAGCCAAUGUGGUAAAUAUGCUAGAAAAGUUGAUGCAUGUAGAGAAGCUUACUAUUGGAGGAAACUUUCUUCAGAAUGUUAGUCCUGGUGUAGAAAAGAUAUUACAAAAAUCACCUGAUUUGAAGAAGCUAACACUACGUACAGAGACAAAGGCAUACAUUGCUAUACCGAAUGAUUAUUUCUACAAGCACAUUGUUUCGCAAGGCUUGAAUCCGAAUCAAUGCUGGAAAUCAAAAGAUGGGGCGUCUUGGAACACCUCUCAUUGGAAUUUAAAUUCAGAGCAUGUGGCUUCAUUCGUGGAACUUCUGCUUAAGAACACAAAGUCAUUAGAGAAGCUAGGUUUACAGUUGAACGAAGGUUACUGUAGGUUUAAAGAGCUGGUUCCAACAUUUUCUCACAACAAAAAAUGUAUUUAUUGCGCUCUUAGCCAAGUCGGUGGUAACAUCUGA